AUUGUUACUACAAUUUGGGGGAAGACGAUGGAUCUUUAGAUCUUUCUCCUCGCUCGCGCUGUAGCAACGACGAAAGGAGCCUCAAUCGGUGAUGCGCGUUGGCUUUUCAGUGGCCGUGCUGCGAUGUCGGCGCUUGCGGUCUUAGGUCUAGGAUUUGUGGCUGUAGGUCGGGAUUUCUAGGGGAGCUCCGCUCCACAACAGGGAGGAAGAGGAUUUCGCUGCUAAUGCUGCUCGAUCGAUCGAGGCAGCUCACGAGAUGGUGAAAGAUACGGAGUAUUACGACGUUCUAGGAUUGACGCCGGAUGCGAGCGCGGCCGAUGUAAAGAAGGCGUAUUAUGUUAAGGCUAAGAAGGUACACCCAGACAAGAAUCCCAAUGAUCCACAGGCCGCAAGGAAUUUUCAACUUCUCGGGGAGGCGUAUCAAACGCUGAGCGAUCCUGCGAAAAAAGAAGCCUAUGACAAAUUCGGCAAAGCUGGAGUGUCAACAGACCAAAUGCUCGACCCCGCUGCGGUGUUUGGCAUGCUCUUCGGAAGUGAGAUGUUUGAAGAUUACGUUGGGCAGCUUGCAAUGGCAUCUAUGGCGUCCAUAGAUACUUCAAGUGGUGAUAACCAAGCCAUGGAUCUGAGGCAAGUACAAGAGAAGCUCAAGGUUUUGCAACAAGAGAGGGAAGAUAAGCUUACCAAGUGCUUAAUCGCUCGUCUACAGCGUUAUGUUGACGGCGACAAAGACGGGUUCAGUGAAUGGGCGAAAAACGAGGCUCAGCAUCUUUCGAAUGCGGCUUUUGGAGAGCCGAUGCUGCACACGAUUGGGUACAUAUAUGCUCGACAGGCUGCAAAGGAGCUUGGUAAAAAAAUGUUGUUCAUGGGAGUUCCUUUCUUGGCGGAAUGGGUUCGUGACAAGGGACACUUUAUCAAGUCACAAGUGACCGCCGCGGCUGGUGCGAUCGCCUUGAUGCAAAUGCAAGAGGAUAUGAAGAGGCAGCUCGCCGCCGGGGGUGAUAUGAGCGAAAGUGCCAUCGAAAAGUAUCUUGAAUCCAAGCAACAAGUGAUGAUCGACUCUCUGUGGAAGCUCAACGUCGCGGACAUCGAGGUCACUUUAUCGCAUAUCUGCCAGAACGUUUUGCACGAUGCUACCGCUGGAAGAGAAGUUCAGAGGCAGCGCGCAAAGGCUCUGAAAAAGCUGGGGAAUAUUUUCCAGGGCUUACAGGGAGCCAAAGUUCCGUAUAGAAGAGAGAAAAGCCUUCGUCACGACGCGAAGCUGGGUCAAGACAGCUCGAGCUCCACACCGACGCCUCAACCGAGUAAUUCAUCUCAGACCUUCCAGAACCCAGCGGAUGGUGGUUUUGCUAAUCAGCCCACGUCAAUGCCAUCUCCAGCUGCUCCUCCGGGCAUGGCAUGAAAAAAAUGGGAGAGAUUGUGAAGAAAAGAUCGAUACUCCAUUCUUUCAUUGCGUGUAUUGUGUGCCUAUGUGAUCUGACGGGUAUAAUUGAGACACGUGUCUAGUGGGCAUUUGAAUGAU